UAAAAAAAUCGCCAAAAAACUUGAUAACACCAUACUUGCCAUACCAAAAUCGUAUUUUUUUUUUGUACUCAAGGUUCAAAACACAUACAACAUGGAUUUUAUAGUCGACAUGACCAAUAAAAUCAAAGAAUUCUUUAUUCCAAAGAUGGAAUCUACUGAAAGUACUUUUGCGCCUCAGAAAUUAAGUCCAAUAACAUUCGAGAUCACUGCAAAGGCUUUUACACAACAGAUGAAGAGAAAUAGUAGUGUUGGAGAUAUAAUACCGAUUCAACCGGCAGAGGAAGUUAACAAAAUAAUAUCUCAGAUAAUAAACACGUUUAAUAGUGAUGCUAACUUUGCCGAUGGUCCUAAAAAACCUCUGAUUCCUAUGGCUACUACACCAAUCACUACAAUGCGAACUGUUCAGACUAACAUUACAAAAGCUGUGUUCAAUGCUAGUAAACAGAUAUCUCAAAUAAUAAACACGUUUAAUAGUGAUGCUAACGUUGCCGAUGGUCCUAAAAAACCUCUGAUUCCAAUGGCAACUACACCAAUCACUACAAUGAGAACUGUUCAGAAUAACAUUACAAAAGCUGUGUUCAAUGCUACUGAACAGAUGUCCAAGAAUAAAAAAGAAACAGGCUUUUUCAACGCGUAUAUUAUUGCUGCUGUAGUGCUCAUUGUCCUUUCCGUAAUAUGUUUAACAGGUACAGUUAUACAUAAAAGCAGAGCCCUGAAGAAGUUGAAGAAUUCCAAUGGUAAAUAUAACGUUUCCCAAGGGAAGAAUAACUUCAAAAAUAACGAACUACAAGAUAAAUCAAAGAAACUGAAAAAUAUACCGUAAUAAUAGAAAAUAAUUUAGUUUUAUCCUGUUUAAUGCUAUUCAUAACAAUGUUGUUUACACUUACCUUUUGGGGCGGUGCUGCCAAAACCGGUACUCCCAAACGAGAACGACAUUUUUAGUUAUUAAACUAACAUCAAAAUCUA